UGUUACAGAAUCCUUCUUCUGACAGCACCCCAACCAUUCCAUUCAAAAAUCGGAGCAGCAGCAACAACACGAUGAAGUCGGUCACGAAAAGCAUUUUGGUUUCCUUUUUCUUGUGGGUGCUUGGCGUCCUCUCGUCGCAAACAGCGUACGUAUCUGCGGCAGAGGUGGUCGUCGAAASCAUUUCCAAGAGCGAAGGCCCUUCCGUUCCCGUCACGAGGGACUAUUCAUAUCGAAGCGAUGUCACCCUGUAUAUUGAAGAGAAAAACGGCGAACGCACGCCAUCGGGAUGGUCGACCCGUGUCGAAGACGGUGCGGCAACGGAGGCGCCCUUCUCCUUCCAGCCGGGUGUCAACCUGAUCCAGGGAUGGACGGACGGCGUCCUGCAGAUGGAAGAAGGCGAGCGGGCGCUCUURCACGUUCCCGCSUCUCUCGGAUACGGAAAUAGAGCCAUGGGAAGCAAGGGYGGWGCCUUUUGGAUUCCCGCGAACUCGGAUCUGCUGUUCGACAUCAAAAUAUUGGGAAGAGUCGGUGCCUCGUCGGAAUUGUAGUGCCKUUGUCGGUAUGCUUGCUGCGCGAGAGCCACGAAAGAAACGGUGCUUCUCGUUYCUUAACAAGAGAAAGAUGCGGCUCACAAAAAAUGGGUUCUGGUCUUCUUSUUGUUUGUAUCGAAUAUUUUUCCGGUGUAAGAACGAAUAUCCAACCGUUGGUAUUCAAUAAAACUAUUCGGAACAG